AUGCCGUGCCGACCUACUCCACACCACCAGUAUAACACACCUGCCGUGCAUUGCUGCCGUGCCGGCCUUCCCCACUGCCGCCAGUAUAACACAACUGCCAAGCAUCACUGCCGUGCCGGCCUAGUCAGCUGCCGCCAGUAUAACACAACUGCCGUGCAUUACUGCCGUACCGACCUAUUCCACUGCCGCCAGUAUAACACAACUGCCAAGCAUCACUGCCGUGCCGGCCUAGUCAGCUGCCGCCAGUAUAACACAACUGCCGUGCAUUACUGCCGUACCGACCAACCCCACUGCCGCCAGUAUAACACACCUGCCGUGCAUUGCUGCCGUGCCGGCCUUCCCCACUGCCGCCAGUAUUACACAACUGCCAAGCAUUCCUGCCGUGCCGACCUAGUCCUCUGCCGCCAGUAUAACAUACCUGCCGUGCAUCACUGCCGUGCCGGCCUAGUCCUCAACCGCCAGUAUAACACACCUGCCGUGCAUUACUUACGUGCCGGCCUACCCCACUGCCGCCAGUAUAACACGCCUGCCGUGCAUAACAACCGUGCCGGCCUAGUCCACUGCCACCAAUAUAACACACCUGCCGUGCAUCACUGCCGUGCCGGCCUACCCAACUGCCGCCAGUAUAACACGCCUGCCGUGCAUAACAACCGUGCCGGCCUAGUCCACUGCCACCAGUAUAACACACCUGCCGUGCAUCACUGCCGUGCCGGCCUACCCAACUGCCGCCAGUAUAACACACCUGCCGUGCAUUACUGCCGUGCCGGCCUUCUCCACUGCCGUCAGUUUAACACACCUGCCGUACAUUACUGCCGUGCCGGUCUAGUCCACUGCCGCCAGUAUAACACACCUGCCGUGCAUUACUGCCGUUCCGGCCUAGUCCUCUGCCGCCAGAUAAAUUAA